GGUUUUAUAAAUGGCAAAGCUCCACUUGCUCCCGAUGUGAGCCCCAAUGACUUUCUGAGUUUCCACCUACUUUGUUGUUGGUUUUUGCGCAGAGUGUUUCCAUCAGCGGUGAGAGGAGCAGUGUUCGUGUGCGCGCAGAGGAUGCAGCGCGCAGGACCGAGGAUGCAGCCGGUGUCACUCCAGCAGGAGAACCUGCGUGUUAGAUAGAAUUUGACAAGUCGUCACUGGAUUUUUUACGCAUCAUAUUGUUUUUACUCCACCCUCACGAGAAAGAAAAAUCAUAUUUUCGUCGCAGGAGUUCCCCAUCUCUCCACCCCGGGACCGUGCGUCUCCGCUGAGCCGCGAUGUGUGCGCUCCCGCCGGCGUGGCUGUGGCUGCUGCUCGGCCUCCUGCCUCUGGAGAUCCAGUCCCGGGCUGUGACUCUGAGGAGCCUCUCUCACAGACACAGGUUGGGUUUAUCCAGAAGUUCUAAACACCCAAAGUCUUCUCCUCACACCACCGCCGUGCCUACUGUGUCUGAUCACGCCGUUGCCACAGACAACCACAUCCCCCUAGGAGACAGUCAUUUCAUCUGGAGAGCCCUGCUGCACAAACAGGCCCAGCUGCACUUGUCCGACCAAUUGCUUGACCAAAGCAAUGUGCUGCAAGAAGCGCCAGUUCGGCCACGUAGGUCAAGAGGUCGUCGUCAUGCCAACAGUGGUGGUGGGCGGGGCCACAGCCACCUGAUGAGGGUGGGCUGCGUUCUGGGCACCUGUCAGGUUCAGAACCUCAGCCACCGUCUCUACCAGCUGAUUGGACAGAGCGGGAGGGAAGACUCCUCCCCCAUUAACCCUCGCAGUCCAUACAGUUACGGCUAAGACCCCACCUCAAAUCCAACAGCAUGUCGACUGAGACACGUUGGCAAGCUACCCAGGCCUUGUGGCUUCGGUGACACACCAAGGGACCAAAAUAAGAUUUUGAUGUACGUCCAUAAAUGGGCUAUUGUGGUUUAUUACAACUUAUGUCUUAUUUCAUCUACUACUGAUGAUCCUUUUCGUCAUUUAUAGAAUCUAGGAGUUAGUCGACAUCGCAAGAAACACAACCAAAACAAAGGGGAAUAGUAGAGCUAACACCUAAACUAUCCAUUGUUAAUGUCCAUCACAGUUUAACACAAACUUACAAGGAAGAAACUUUACUCAUUUAUUUUUUCAACUCAAUUUAGAUUUGACAAAGCAGUGCCUUAUCUCCGUGAUUAUAAUGUACUCAGUGCAAAACUUAAAAAACUAAACUGUAUCGACAAUGAUUAAAAAACAAAUAAACGCAUUAAGACUCAUAGCAAGCCACCGUCCCUCCAAAAUAUGACAUUACAUCAUUGUCAUACAAACCUAAACUUUGAUUAUUUAUAUUUUGAAAACAUUUAAAUCAGCUACAAUCAGUAUUUAUUGUAAUAAAAAUGUAUCAUAUGAAAAGGGACGAUCAUAGCCACAACUUUACAGAUAAUUAUCACCUGAAUCUGCAGCUCCCAUUAGCUUUACAGAGCUUUAGCAAGUAUCAGCUCAUUCGACAGCGAGAAGCUAGUGAACAUUGUGGAGCAUUUAGAAGCUCAUUUAAAGCUAUAUUUUCCUCACACGUUGGUAGGGACCAAAACCAGAGCCAAAACACAGUGACUAUUUGAAAUAUUUGCUAGGUGACAGGAAACAUGACACCAAAUAGCAACUAUGCCGACAGGGUCACUAUUUAAGCAUAAAAAUUAUGAUAGGAUAUUUUAAAGGUAUGUUCACAGGUUGUUUCUGUUACUGCCAUUUCUGCUAUAAUGAUGCAUUCAAUAGAGGUUAUUCAGUAUUAGCUGCUUGCAGAUUAGUUUGAAAGCAAUGGCGCUGGCAUUGAACUCUAUCUCUAACUGUGAAUUUAUGAAAACCGUAAUUUCAGAGGUGCUCUCUAGUCCCUAAACUGGCAAAAAAUGUUGGCGUGUUUGAUAAUCUGACUGAGAACAAAUGCCCUCAGACUAUGGUGUACCAUGUUGACAGAUCUCAGCAAAUACUCAAAUUAGUAAAAUCAUACUGAUGGCCAUGGACACGUUGGUCAACACCAUGAAAAUAACUUUGAAUAAAUCAGAAUUUCUACAUUUUUUACAGUAUGGCAUUUCACUGCAGUUCUGGCCUGCGCAAAGGAGAGAUUCCCCAAAGUAGUCAUUGUUACUGGCCACAUUAGCACCAGUUUACUUCAGUGAAACCUGAUUAUUUGUGUUGUAGGCAUUUCUAAAGUAACAACCAUUUCAGACACUGUGUGUAGCAAAAAAAAAUGUGAAUCAGUGAAGCCUCUGUCGAAACUAGGCGUCCAAUGUCUGCUAUCGUCAUCAGUGGUGAUCCCGCUGAUCUGAAUUUACCUGAGCCCUGAGCUUAUCCAGCCCAUCUCUCAAAAGCUUGAACAAGUAGCUUUACCUCAGUGUCAAACCCAGUUAACCCUUCACCCAAAACCCCACUGUGCAGACCAUCAGCCAAAAUAACCGCUAACCCUAAUCCAUUAUCUGUCUGCACACUUCUUAACAGAUAACUAUUCUUCACGGUCUCAGUAAGCGAACCAGAGAGAAGACAACAAUGCUCUAGAGUGCUUUUUACCUGUGAAGUCUAAAUAUAAGAUGCAAUAUUUAGAUUUUUGCCCCUAGAAAGUCAGUUUUUCUAGCCUUAAAUGGUUUAAUCAAUUCAUUAGGCCUUAUAUUUUGCCUUUCAAGUGUUAUUUAAGGCUUCAUAGUCUUGUGCUUUUCUGUGUAUGUCAAUUCAGCAUUACUCCAGUUUCAGUAGGUGCUCCUACAGGUCAAAUGUUCAUAGGAAUGCAUGAAAGCACUUUAUUCUCCUGUAUAUUCACUAUGACUUGAAUUUCAAACGUUAUUUAACUUUAAAUUAAUGAGACCAGUUUGCUGUGAAUUUUCCACUUUACUAACUCUCCCUGUUUAUGCGAGAACCCCCUCCCCCCAGGCACAAGUGUCCUUCUCUGAACCGCCUGUGAUACUGUUCAUCUCUCUUUGUUUAUACAAUAGCAGCCUUGUGUAAUAAAAACCCAGUCAAACUUU